CGACCCAGCCGAAGGGCGAUUCCUACUGGAUGUUCUUGAUUCGACGAACGCGUCCGGACCAGAGGCUGUCAGCGGGGAAAAAGCCACUCAGCGAAUGAAGAAACAACUAAUCUUUCACUUCACAUACAGAGGACUACGCACGAAAGGAAAAAAGAGUAAAAGAAGAAAAUGGAGUAUAAAUUACGAAAAGCGGAACCCAAGGACGUGUCUGAUAUAUUACGACUCGUGAAGGAACUUGCAAAAUAUGAGGAGAUGGAGCACCAGGUGACACUGACUGAGAAAGAGCUCCUUGAGGAUGGAUUUGGUGACACCCCGUUCUACCAUUGCAUCAUCGCUGACAUCCAAGGAGAGAGCAGCAGUGACGAUUCGAAGGUGGUGGGUUUCGCCAUGUACUACUUCACCUACGACCCCUGGGUGGGCAAACAGCUUUACCUGGAGGAGUUCUACGUGAUGGACGAGUACAGAGGACUCGGCAUCGGUUCGGAGAUCUUGCGCCAUCUCAGUGACCUGGCGAUGAAGACGCGCUGCACCGGCAUGAUGUUCGUGGUGGCCGAGAACAACGAGCCGUCGGUUCAGUACUACAAGCGGCGCGGCGCCGAGGAUCUCUCCCAGGAGGAGGGCUGGAGGCUGUUCAGGUUCGACAAGACCAGCCUCGUCAAGAUGGCCACGCCGGCCGAGGAAUGACAGGAGGCCCGAGGGGGAGAGAGGGGGGAGGAAGAGGGGGAGGAAGAGGCGGAGGAGGAGGGGGAGGAAGAGGAAGAGGAAGAGGGGGAGGAAAAACAGGAGUUAAAGGAGAAACAACAGGAAAAGGAGGAGAAACAGGAAGAUGAGGAGAAACUGGGGGAAGAGAAACAGGAAGAGGAGGAGCAACAACAGGAAGAGGAGGAGGAGAAACCGGAAGAGGAGGGGCAACAACAGGAAGAGGAGGAGGAGAAACAGGAAGAGGAGGGGCAACAAGAGGAAGAUGAGGAGGAGAAACAGGAAGAGGAGGGGCAACAACAGGAAGAGGAGGAGGAGAAACAGGAAGAGGAGAAAUGAGGGUUGAUUGAAUUCAGCUUUUAAGGGCAAUGUCGUAUAUUUCUGUGUGUAGCUCGUAACGUUAGCAAGCUUUCAUGUUAUCAUUUUUGCUUUCAUGCUUUUAUUUUGAAAUGUAACUCUUUGAGUCACCGAUCGUUAACGUUUGAUUGAUCGAUCGUUGUUGUCGUUGUCGUUGUUGUUGAUUUAAAUUUACAAUAAAACCAGUAACUGAUGA